AAAGUGAUCAGAGAGGAAGAAAAAGACAUCAGAUCCACAGCACUUGCUGCUGUCAUUCAGUAUCUUUGCUGCAUCUUGGGACGUUUUUCUUCAGGAUCCUGUGGAAAGGACGGAUUUUGAUUCUUUAAUUUGGUUAUUUAAAACCAUGUUCAUUCAAAUCCAGCACUAAAUGAUUUGUUCUUCAAGAUGUUCCAGCAGUGAGUGAAAUGGAUGUGUGGCAACCGUCUUAUUAGUUUAAAAAGUACAAAAUAACCCCCUCAAGAGAAACCCCUGCUGCUUCACCUGCUACAGUAGAGGACCUUUUUGUCAAUCUGACUCCGGUUUCACACUUCCGCUGGAUUUACUUCAGACUCACUCCAGUAAUUUGGGCAGUUUUUUUAAGAGGAUCUCUUCCGUAAACACCAGGCCGAUUUUUGUGGAUCAAUCCCUGUGAACCAUCAUGGCCAAAGUGCAGGUGCUCAACGUGGCUGUUCUGGAUAAUCCCAGUCCUUUUGGAAACCCGUUUCAGUUCGAGAUCACAUUUGAAUGCAUGGAGGACUUACCUGAAGAUCUCGAGUGGAAGAUCAUCUACGUUGGCUCUGCAGAGAGUGAGGAGUAUGACCAGAUUCUAGACUCGGUUCUGGUCGGCCCAGUUCCUGCAGGAAGACACAUGUUUGUGUUUCAGGCGGACGCUCCAAACACAGGGCUGAUCCCUGAGAGUGAUGCAGUGGGCGUGACCGUAGUGCUGAUCACAUGCACCUAUCGGGGACAGGAAUUCAUUCGCAUUGGCUAUUAUGUCAACAAUGAGUACACAGACCCUGAGCUACGGGAAAACCCACCAGUCAAACCCGACUACACACAGCUACAAAGGAACAUCUUGGCAUCAAACCCUCGGGUGACCCGUUUCCACAUUAACUGGGAAGCAACUGUGGACAAGAUGGAAGAUUCAGAGAAUGUAGAUCCCGCCCCCAACACAAUGCUCCCGCCCACCUCCAUGCCCGGCAAAGCCCCGCCCCUUGGACUCAUGCCUGACAACUCUAUGGACUGCUUAUAGAACUCACACACAACAACAUACAACCUCAUACAUAAAGUAAUAAAUGUAUUAUCUUGUAUUUAUACACCUACAUGUUCUCACAGUUGUGACUGGACACACACACGCGCACUCAUCUCCAUCCUCUGGCACUUAUUAUUGCUCUGAUGCCACAGCUGGAGCAGUCAGGGACUUCGCAGGCCUCUUCUUGCACUCCCUGUCCUGAACACCAGGGGGCGGAACCUGCAGCACCAGCAGACACGGACUGUUUUCUUCUGUUUUCCUGUGGUGCGCAUCACUAGUGGAAACAUGUUCAGGUCAUCAAAACAUGUUCGAGUCACAUUUCUCUGCGCAAUUACAGAAAUGAGAAAUUAUAUUUAGCUUAAAUGCAAUUAAGCAUUUUUAGGACCAUUAUUAUUUUUACAUUCUGAGUAAUAAAUCCCCCAUGUUGUCUUUAUUAUAAUGCAAAACAAGCUCAUUUUCAUAAAUGCAACAUGAUUAAUGAUUAUAAUAAUAAUAGAACAUUUUUAUUGAUGAUGAUAAUAAUAACUGGUAUAAAUUGUAAGUUAUUAUACAUCAGGGUAGCGUUGAUACUAUAUAUAUCAUCUGUAAGCUUUGUUUUCUUAAUUCUGGUGUGAAAUGUGACUGACAUGUUUUCGUGAGAUUCACGCUGUGAUACGUUACGCUCAGAAAUCAGAACUUUUCUGGGAGUGUUUUUGUUCAGAUAUGUUUGAUCUUUGAAAACCGUCACAUUUCCAACUCUUUCUGUUUUGUUGGGGUGUGAGUUUAUUUAGAGAAGUGUUUUGUUAUUUCGGUUUUAAUCGGAAUGCCUGGUUUAUAUUGUAACUUUUGUUGCCUUAUUUCAUCCCAUGUGAUAUUUGUUUGAGAAGUCUUUGAUUGAAUAAAUUUGAACUUUUGUCUUUGUAAAA